AUGACGUCGAUCGCCGGGUCGCUUCAGGCUGCGCUGCCCAAGCCUAAGUAUACGGGUGAGGACGAGGAAGCUCCCGCGCGAGCGCAGCAGCGUGGCGUGAGGAUCGUUGGCCCAGGACAGCUAGACGAGACGCAGCUCGUGCUCAAACGAUCCGGCCCUCCAGCCUACGGACAGCGAUCAGGAUGGCGACCACGCUCGCAGGAGGACUUUGGCGAUGGAGGCGCUUUCCCCGAGAUUCCCAUUGCCCAGUACCCGCUCGACAUGGGCAAGAAGGGCGCGACGACGAGCAACGCGCUGGCGAUCCAGGUCGACUCCGAGGGCAAGGUCAAAUACGACGCGAUCGCGCGACAAGGCCACGGCGAAACCCGCAUAGUUCACACAUCGUUCAAGGAGCUGAUUCCUCUUCGACAACGCGCCGACGCGGGCGAGAUUGAUCUUUCGCGACCGGACAAGGAGUCUGUCGAGGCAACAACGGAAAGGACUAAGAAUGCCUUAGCCGCGUUGGUCAGCGGUGCGGUGGCUGCGCAGAAGCCGAAGAAUGUGAAUAUUGGCCAGCGAAAGGAUGCUACUUUUGUGCGAUACACACCGGCGAACCAGAUGGGCGACAACUCGAAGAAGCAGGACCGCAUCAUGAAGAUUGUCGAGAGGCAACGCGAUCCUAUGGAACCUCCCAAGUUCAAGCACAAGAAGAUUCCUCGAGGACCACCCUCGCCCCCUCCGCCAGUUAUGCACUCGCCGCCCAGAAAGCUUACAGCCGAAGACCAAGAGAUGUGGAGGAUUCCGCCUCCAGUCUCAAACUGGAAGAACCCCAAGGGUUUCACGGUACCACUGGACAAGCGAUUGGCGGCAGACGGAAGGGGACUGCAGGAUGUGGCCAUCAGCGACAAGCAUGCCCAAUUUGCUGAGUCUAUCAAGAUGGCGGAACGUCAUGCUCGUGACGAGGUUCAGCAGCGCGCCAUGAUGCAGCAGCGACUGGCGGAGAAGGAGAAGGCACAGAAGGAAGAUAAUCUACGGGAGCUGGCCCAGAAGGCCAGGGCAGAGCGGGCAGAGCAUUCGAGAGAUUCAAGGUCACGAUCGCGAAGUUACAGCUACUCCGAGUCUGAUCGAUCUGAUAGCGAGGACGAAGAGGUCAGAGAGCGUAUCAAGGCACGACAGGAGAAGCAGCGAGAUGAGGAGCGAAAGCUACGGCAAAACCGCAUGGGUGCCGAGCGCCGAGCCCAGGUUAUGGCGCGCGAGCAAGGCAGAGAUAUCUCGGAGAAGAUUGCUCUGGGUGUUGCCAAACCGACGCAAUCCAAGGAGACCAUGUACGACUCGCGACUAUUCAACCAGUCGAGUGGAUUUGAUAGCGGCAUCAACGAGGACAACCCCUACGACAAGCCACUGUUUGCGGCGCAGGACGCCAUCAGCAGUAUCUACCGACCACGAGCCAACAUGGAUGAUGACGAUGACGCCGAGGCAGGAGAUAGGGAGAUGGCCAAGAUUCAAAAGUCAAGCCGAUUUGGAGAGGCACUGGGCAAGGGAACGUUUAAGGGCGCCGCCGAGGUUGAGGCGCGAGAGGGACCAGUACAGUUCGAGAAGGAUGCCGGUGACCCUUUUAAUGUGGACAAAUUCCUGUCCGAGGUGGAUCAGGGCUCGUCUUCAAAGCGAGGUUACGGUCUGCAGGAUGAAGACAACAGGCAAUCAAAGCGGCCACGAGUGGACGACGACGACUCAGAUUAA